AUGACGGGUUUCUUCCUCUACCUGUUUGAGCUGAUCUGUUCUAUCCCCACUCCCUCUUGGGACACACUCUGGGUCUGGGACCUACGAACUUUCCGCCCAUACUCCAUUGCGAUCAAGCACAACGCUAUCGACGCAAUGCAGUUCCGCAAGAUCUCUCCUCUCUCCAUGACUGCUCCUGUUAUCGACCAUCUCUCUGCCGGCUUGACCGUCCUCGACGAGGGCUACAAGAACACCGCUGUCGUCAAGUCUCAGAUUACUCACAUCGAUGGAAACAAAGGCACUCUCGCAUACCGCGGAUACCCUGUUGGCUACCUCUUUGAGAACCACGACUACGAGGAAGUCAGCUACCUUUUGAUCUUCGGGGAUCUGCCAACACCUGAGCAAAAGCGCAAUUUCCGUGCCAAUCUCGCCGAAGCAAUGGUACCUGAGCCGUCCGUUAUGCGCGCUGUUCGUGCCUUUGACCCUGCCGCUCCGGCCUAUCUGAUCAUUUCUGCUGGUCUCUCUGCCUGGGCCGCCGCUGACCCGUCCAAGAUCCCAGUUCAUGCUGGUGAUCGCAUCUACCUUGGCAACAUGGAAGCCGUUGACGAUGGUGUGUACCGCUCGCUCGCCGCCCUUGCCACUGUCACCGCUAUGACUUCAUGCCAUCAGCAGAAGAAGACCUUCUUCGUUCAGUCCGACCCUGCUCUCUCCCUCAUUGACAACAUGCUCAUCAUGAUGGGUCACACUGACCGCUUUGGCAACGUGGACAAGAAGUACAGCAACACUGUCAACAAGCUCUGGGUUCUUUUCGCGGAUCAUGAGAUGACUAACUCGACCGCUGCCUACUUGCACGCCGCCUCUUCGCUUUCCGACCCCAUCUCCUCCAUGGUCACUGGUAUCUCUGCCUGUGCUGGUCCCCUCCACGCUGGUGCUAUCGAUCUUGCGUACAAGCGCUUUGCUGAGAUCCGUGGCACCGAUGGUGGUGUCAAGAAGCACAUUGAGGAUGUCAAGGCUAAGAAGUUCCGCCUCAUGGGUGUCGGCCACCGCGUCUACCGCACUGUUGAUCCCCGCGUCGGCUACCUUCGCGAGAUGAUGUCCAAGUUCAGCAACGAGGUCAACGGCAACCCGCUUCUUGAGGUCGCCAAGGAGAUUGAGAACGCUGUCUUCAAUGACGACUACUUCUUGUCCAGGAAGCUCAGCAUCAACGCCGAUCUCUACGGCUCUUUCGUCUACGCUGCACUCGGAUUUGAUGUCCGCAUCUUCACUCCCCUCGCCAUCACUGCCCGCUCCGCUGGUAUUCUCGGUCACUGGCGCGAGUCCAUGCAGACUCAGCCCUGCCUCUGGCGCCCCCGUCAGAUCUACACCGGUACCGCCCCUGUUGGAGCGUGA